AUGUCUGACGAACUAAGCAAACUUAAGACCCAGGUUGAAGAAUUGCAACAGUUGGUCAAAAAACAGAACUUGUUGAUCAGCAAGACAGGACAGUCUGUGCUGGAGCUUCAGGUGGCAAAACAGAAAAGUGACGUAGAAGACUUUGAUUCUCAAUACACCGGGUUCAACAAAAAGGGUAAAUCGGGAUCGUCUGCGGUUCAUGACGACACCACCGACUUUGCUACAAACGAAGAUUUGGUGCAGCUAGUGGGUGAACUGCAGGGGCAACUAGAAUCCAUCGAGGAAAGGUCGAUCAGAAGACUGGUCAACUCUACCAAGGUAGAGAAGAAGGACUAUCUAGCGCCACUGCCCAACUCUGACGGUGAGACCCCAAAGACUACCGAAGGCUUCUUCCCAAGAUCUCUAGGCGAUUUCGAAAACGUCUCAGAUGUGGAUUUGUUUAGACUGGCCAAGUUUUACGAGCUUCUCGCGCCAAGUUUGAAGGAACAGGAAAAAUUCGACGACUACUUGGAGGGCAAGCUCGACAACUUUCACAUUGGUGAUUUGCCUGAAGCUGACAUCAAAAAAGAGCUUGAAAGUUUUUCGCCAGACCAGUUGGUGGAAACUUUCAACGAUGUUGCCAGAUUCCUAGGUGUGAGAUCCAGAAGAGGAACUGACAUUUGGUAA